AUCUCAUCCGGUUGCGUAUCAGUUUACAAGAGCAACAUUCAAUCUCCAGCACGUGCAACGUCACAUCCGCAACCUUCCCAAAGCAGCUUAGCGCGAAUCCUGCCCCCCCGGUCCCGAGACUUCACAAUAUGGCAGUCAAGACUUCCUCCCCAGUCAAGGCCAGAGUCAAGGCCAGAGUCGCCGCUGCACCACACCACUCCCCUCCUGUCAAAUCUUACGCCGGCUCUAAAUUCACACACCGACCCUACGUCCCAACCAAGGUCGGAGCCGCCGCUGCCUUUACCGCUGCAACUCAAAGCUCCACCUCCGUCAACGCCCAAGUCGCCGCUGGGACACCGUCACCUGAACCCUCCACUCCAGCCAACUCGCCACUCCAGCGCAAAAGAACUCUCAGCCCGCCGAAAGGCCGCAUCCCAGCAAAGUACUCCCCGUCGCAGCACUCCUUCACCUCGUCCGGCUGGCUUCGCCACGCACUCACCACCGGCAUGGGUAAACGCAAAAAGUCCGGCCGCAAGCCCACCGGCCCGCGCAAACGCGAGCCCCUCGCCACCAGCUUCCGCUGCAACUUCUGCAACAACGAGAACUCCGUCUCCGUCUCCAUCGACAAAAAGGCCGGCGUCGGCAACCUGUCCUGCAAGCAGUGCGGGCAAACGUUCCAGACCGGCAUCAACUAUCUCACUGAAGCGGUAGACGUCUACGCUGACUGGGUCGAUGCCUGCGAGGCCGUCAAGAAAGAUGCCGCUGCAGGCAGAGGCACUCCUGGACCUGCGUCUCGCCCGCGCCAACAGGUUGAUGCUUCUGCGGCUCGCUUGGGCUCGGCACCCGGAGAGCAACUGACGGAGGAGGAUCGCGGCUUCAUCGAUGAUGAGGAUGAGGAUGCCGAGGCUGACUACGCUGACGAUUGAGCGAGGGUGAUGGAUGGAAAGGGCAUGGGCGGAGUACAGGGGGUGGAAGCAAGGAAUCUACGGGCGUUCGCUGCGAGCGGCAUUUUUGGAACGGUGUGAUAUUCUUCGCUGGGGAAAAGGGGGCGGUGCGUAUUGCUUUCUUGCGAGAUUGGACGUUAGCUCUUCUGUUCUGUCACUUAUACUAGCUAUCGCCGAAGC